AGUCCCCGUGUUGUGUGAGAGAAGCACCAGCGAGUAAAAGAAUGAGAAGAAGCACAACAGUGACAGUCGCCAACAUCAUAGCGACGCUCUCAUAUCUUUGGCCAACAUGGCGUUCAGUUUUGGCGGCGCUGCCGCCACUAACCCAGCAGCAAACUCGUCCGGAUUUUCGUUCGGUUCGUUCGGUGCAAAGACCACAGCAUCAACAGCUUUUGGCUUUGGCACGCCGGCUACCACCACCACCGCUUCCUCAGGGUUCGGCACUCUCACAGCUCCCAGUUUUGGCACUGCAACUACCACUGCAGCUGCACCAGCUACAGGGUUUUCUUUUGGCUCCAGCAGCACAGGAUUUGGGGGGCUGGGAGCUGGAAGCACCACGGCUGGUGGGUUUAGUUUUGGGGGGUUCGGUUUAAAUGCCAACCCAGCAGCGGUCGGUUUUAAUGCAGGCUGCUUCGGUACACCGUCCACCACUGCGACUGUUUUCAAUUUUGGUAAUAGCCUUGCUAGCACAGGCACUUUUGGUGGCUUUGGGACAACGACGACUGCCGCUGCACCGGGUUCCACAUUUAGCUUUGCCCCCUCUAGCAACGCAGCAGGAGGUUUGUUUGGUAACGCACAAAACAAAGGUUUUGGUUUCUCGUCGGGCCUCGGUACUGGAACGGCAACCGGGGCAACCGGAUUUGGAACUGGACUAGGAACAACAACUCUGGGUGGGUUUGGUGGCUUUAGUCUCCAGCCCACUCAGCAGCAGCAAGGAGGCUUGUUCGGACAGCCGGCCCAGCAGCAGGCUCAGCCCAACCACUUGUACCAGCAGGUGACAGCGCUGUCAGCACCUACCUUGUUGGGAGACGAGCGUGACUCCAUUCUGGCCAAAUGGAACCAGCUGCAGGCCUACUGGGGCACAGGGAAGGGCUACUUCAGCAACAACAACCCAGCAGUGGAUUUCAACCAAGAGAACCCCUUCUGCAGGUUCAAGGCUGUGGGAUACAGCUGUGUGCCGGUCAGUAAGGAUGAGGAUGGUUUAGUGGCCUUGGUCCUCAACAAAAAGGAAGCUGACGUGCGAGCGCAGCAGCAACAGCUGGUGGAGUCGCUGCAUAAGGUACUGGGAAGCAACCAGACGCUGAGCGUCAACGUUGAUGGCGUCAGGUCCCUGCCCAACGACCAGACGGAGGUGAUCAUUUAUGUGGUGGAGCGCUCCCCCAACGGCACUUCGAAGCGCAUUCCCGCCUCGACACUCUUCACUUACCUGGAGCAGGCCAACAUCAAGGUGCAACUCACACAGCUGGGCGUGGCCAUGUCGGUCACACGCACCGAGCUCUCACCUGCUCAGCUCAAACAGCUGCUCCAGAGCGCCCCCGCAGGGGUAGACCCCAUCAUUUGGGAGCAGGCUAAAGUGGACAAUCCUGACCCAGAGAAGUUGAUCCCAGUGCCGAUGGUGGGCUUUAAAGAGCUGCUCCGUCGAUUGCAGAUCCAGGAGCAGAUGACCAAGCAGCACCAGACCAGAGUCGACAUUGUCUCCAAUGACAUCAGCGAGCUUCAGAAGAACCAGGCCACCACAGUGGCCAAGAUCGCCCAAUACAAGCGGAAGCUGAUGGAUCUCUCUCACAGGGUGUUGCAGGUGUUGAUCAAACAGGAGAUUCAGAGGAAAAGCGGUUACGCCAUCCAGGUGGACGAGGAGCACCUCAGGGUGCAGCUGGACACCAUUCAGUCGGAACUCAACGCCCCCACACAGUUCAAGGGUCGCUUGAAUGAACUGAUGUCCCAAAUCCGAAUGCAGAAUCACUUUGGCGCCGUGCGAUCGGAGGAACGCUACAGCGUUGAUGCCGACCUGCUCCGAGAAAUCAAACAACACUUGAAACAGCAGCAGGACGGCUUGAGUCACUUGAUCAGUGUCAUCAAAGACGACUUGGAAGACAUCAAACUCAUCGAGCACGGACUCAGUGACGGUGGACAUGUACGAGGUGGCAUCCUGAGUUGAGCCGAGCAAGACACACACAAACACACACACAAACAGUCAAUAUCCAUUCACAGAUGUGUCACCCACAGAUGUACGUAUCAAUCACGCUGCUUCAACUGGGGGACGAUGUCGGACUAGAUUUGUUUGCAGGUUCAACGACUGACUAAUCUGUGGUUUCUGGACUGCUAAAGAAAGCUUACAGUGCCUAUUAAUAGCCUUCAUGUCAAAUCAAAUUAUGGAUAUGAGACUUUGACCUGGAGUGAAAAGAUGUGUUGAUUGAAAGACAUUUGUAUAUACAUCUUUGUAUUGCUUUUAUAUUAGAAUGUUAUUAAAAUGUCAUUUCGGUUGAAA